AUGAUGAAGACUUUUUCGUGGUACAUGAGAUCCGUACCUGGCACCGUUGACGGACGCUGCCCCGUUCAUGUCGCUGAUGUAGCACGGACUCACCGGCGGCACGCGACAAUCAGCCCAACUUGCCUGGCGUUGGUCGCGAGCAACAUGAACGAGGUGUCAACGAAGUCAGCGCGAGACGAUCCGUCGGAGCAGCCAAGCGACCCGGCCAGAUCUUGA